CUCUGCUGGGAGGGGUCGAGACGGCUGUCGCUCCCCCUGGCCUGAAAAGUACGGUAGUUCAACUAAAAGCAACACACACGUUGAUUUACUAGCCACGUUUCUCAAACUGUGGUGCUAGGAGGUGAUGCUGGGGGUGGCAGGAAUGACGGGCAGCAUUGCUAAUGCCCUGGCCAAUGCGGCCUGUGAGCGAUGUAAGAGUGGCUUUGCUCCGACUGAGAAGAUUGUCAAUAGUAAUGGCGAGCUGUACCAUGAGCAGUGCUUUGUGUGUGCCCAGUGUUUCCAGCAGUUUCCAGAGGGACUCUUCUAUGAGUUUGAAGGCAGGAAAUACUGUGAACAUGACUUUCAGAUGCUCUUUGCACCGUGCUGUCAUCAGUGUGGGGAGUUCAUCAUUGGUCGUGUCAUUAAGGCCAUGAACAAUAGUUGGCACCCUGACUGCUUCUGCUGUGACAUUUGCCAGGCUGUGCUUGCAGACGUGGGGUUUGUCAAAAAUGCUGGCAGGCACCUGUGUCGCCCGUGCCAUAACCGCGAGAAGGCUCGUGGACUGGGCAAGUACAUCUGCCAGAAGUGUCAUGCCAUCAUUGAAGAGCAGCCACUGAUCUUUAAGAAUGACCCCUAUCACCCAGACCACUUCAACUGCAACAAUUGCGGGAAGGAACUGACGGCUGAAGCCAGGGAACUGAAGGGAGAGCUUUUCUGUUUGCCCUGCCACGACAAGAUGGGUGUGCCCAUCUGUGGUGCUUGUAGGAGACCCAUCGAGGGCCGUGUUGUCAAUGCGAUGGGCAAGCAAUGGCAUGUAGAGCAUUUUGUGUGCGCCAAGUGUGAGAAGCCUUUCCUUGGUCAUCGGCAUUAUGAGAGGAAGGGGUUGGCUUACUGUGAGACACAUUAUAACCAGCUCUUUGGUGAUGUGUGCUAUCACUGCAACCGUGUGAUUGAGGGCGAUGUGGUGUCUGCUCUCAACAAGGCCUGGUGUGUCACUUGUUUCUCGUGCUCCACCUGCAACACAAAACUCACUCUCAAGAACAAGUUUGUUGAGUUUGACAUGAAGCCUGUUUGUAAAAAAUGUUAUGAGAAGUUUCCUUUGGAGCUGAAGAAAAGGCUCAAGAAGCUGGCCGAGUCUUUAGGACGCAAGUAAGCUGCUGCAGGCCAAACAGCCUGAGUGUAUACCUGCUAUGUCUGUGAUGGUAAAACCUCUGGGAGAACUGCUGCAUUAUACCAGUGGAUCAUUAUAAGUAAUUUAAAUCUGGAAUACAUGUAAACGCAUGUUACUGUGGUCGUGUGACGAAGGUGCCUGCUAGCCAGAUUUUUUUCUUGCUGUUUUUUUAUAUGCAAGUGUGUGUUGUUUUUUUUACACAUUCCUAAAUUGUCCAAAUUAGUUUUCUCCUAACUAAUAUGUCUAAUUUUUCUUUUUUUGAUUUAACGCAAGCAUCUAGAAUUACUAAGUGCUAUGUCUUGAAUUUGAACUUGUGCCUUGACUGUACGAAAAACGUUUCUUAAAGUGCAAAUAGUGGUUAAACUGUAACUGUUUAAUACAGUUAUGCCUUAUAUCUAUAUGAAAUGUAUUGUCCUUAAUUAGACAAUUUUACCUUUCAUUUUUGAGCCUCCAAAUGACUAAUAAUGUAGCAAUCACUGUGUUCUUCAGGAUACUGUCAUGACGUCUCUUCUUGCUAAUAUGAAAAAAUAAACACUGUGUCAAGAAAAAAAACUCAUAAUGAAUUUACACUGGGAGAAAGGGUCAUCCAAAAGCCAUAAAGUGUUACAGAAUCAAAUAGAUUUAAUGCUUAUACAUCAACUAUGUUGAGUUGCCAUGUAAUGUUUAGAGCUUUACUUUCUGAAUUGCAGAAUUUCUUAUAAAUAUUUCAUCAGAAGAAAUACAUGAGUUUAACUAACCCGAGAAGCCUCUUAAUCCCCACAUUUCUGUGUGAAAACUUGGCAUUAGAGGGUGCUAUUGUGUAAUAUCACUAAAUUAUAGCCUACCUCUAAAGUAAGGUUGUGUAAGUUCUUCAAUAUGAACUGUAUGUGUUCAGUAUGUAUGGUAGUGCACUGUUAGUGCUUGUACUGUAAAUGCCCGAGGUUUAUGUGAUAUUUUUAGCCAAACUAACACUUGCAACUUUCUGCGGGAGACUGUUCAAAGGAAUCGAGAUGAACUGAACCUUCAGCUGAUAAUUAAACGUAAGAACACUUUGAUGUUUGAAUAUUAUUAAUGAGCCAGCAUAUUGCUUGGGCUGUUUUUAAAAAUGGCAACAUGAGAAACGCUAAACAACAAAAAAUCACAUUUGCUUGAAUCAGCAUUAUUUAUGUUUUCAAGUUACACAUUUACAUUUUUGCAACAUCAUUUGUGAGAGUUUACAUCUUAAGGAUUUGCUUGAAAUGGAGACACAUACACAGUAUCUUAUUUUCUGUUUUAACAAUCAGUGAAGUAUUCGUUAAACACGUCAUAAUGAAUUUCAAUCUAUCAAAUGCCAAAUAUACAUUGUCAGUCUGUG